CCUGCUGUGACGUCGCAGUGACGGAGGCGGAGCGGUGCCCCGUGCGCUCUUCGGACAUAAUAACCUGUGCUCACCCCCGCCGUCCGGCAGUCGGUUCUUACAAGUUGUUGACUAGGAAGUAGUAACGCCAUCUGGGUAAGGGAAGGAAACGAAAAACAGUUUCACGGCAUAUGGACGUUGCACCUUUGACGGGAACCCUCCAUUGGAGUGCACGCCGAGCAACUAUUGGGUGUAGUGUCGAGAGACCAUGCCCAGUAUUAUAGACGCUCGUGAGAUCAUAAUCCUCAAGAUGUGACUAUGGAUGAGCUCAAUUUCCACGCACCUCCGUCGACAUCUGAUACACUGACGGGUGUCUUGGUGACUAUUGCAAGUGCCACGCACGACUUACCACCUCGAGCUAAGGAAGACAUUUCCACCACGUCUCUCCCCUGACACGAGCGAGGUGGGAGCUCCAAGGAUGCGGUUCCACUGAACCCUGGGACUCGCUGACUGUGGAUUGGACAACAGGCGGCCGCGCUGCUGGCUGUUGCAUCAUUGCAUCCCGCAUCAGCAUGUCUAGCAGGAGAUAAUUUACCGAGUAGUCUCGAUUUGUCCAAAGCGAAGGGAUUUUUUUCCACCGCUCGUAUUUCAUCGCCGUAAUCGGUGGACGAACUUCAAUCGAACGAACCUACAAGGUAACAUGCAGAUGUACCUGUUGGGCGUGGUCAUAGCUCUGGGUGUGGUUCUGUGCAUUGUGAUGGUCAUAGCGGCCUACCUCUUUUGUCGGCACUGGGGGUUCAAAUUAGACCCCGCCAAGGAGGAGCGGUACAACGACUUCUUGAAUAGGGUACAGCAUGGGGGACAAGACUCCGUUGCCAUGGGGCUGAAGAAAGCCGCGCCCAGGCGAGUCGGCCAGAGGAAUGGGAGCCGGUUGAAAGCGUCCGACCCGAACGUGUCGCCGGGCCCUCCCGUCUCCCCGGUCGUGCUCAAUAGCAACUACAGCUUCACCAUUCCCAAAGCCACAUCACCCGGGUUCCAGGGUGACUCCUUCACGUUAGAGAAGCCACAGCCGGCCGUGGGUGCCCUCAGCCCAACCUCCAAGACCCCGUCCAUGAUGGCCCGACUCGACCCAGCCCAGCUCGACCCCUCAGCCCACAUGUACAAAGAGAACCACACGGUACGGAAACUCUCUGCAGAUGCCGGCGUGCCCGGACCCAGCCUGGGAAUCAUCAAUUUUUCUCUCAAAUACAACCCGGAGAUGGGUCUCCUAACGAUAAGACUCAUCCAGGCUAGGGACUUACAACCCAGAGAGUUCAGUGGCACAGCAGAUCCCUACUGCAAGAUCUCUGUGGUGCCACACUCCAACAAGACGCUGCAGAGCAAGGUCCACCGCAAGACGCUCUGCCCAGAGUUCAAGGAGAGCUUCGUCUUCGAGAUUCCCGAGCCGGACAUCCACCGCCAGACGGCCCGCAUCCAGCUCUUCGACUUUGACCAGUUCUCCCGGGAUGAGUGCAUCGGCACGGCCGUGCUGGCGCUGACCAACGUGGACCUGAGCGAGAAGGUGGAGGUGUGGAAGGAGAUCAAGGCUGUGCCCGUAGCUCACCGACGGCAAAGUGAUGAGGCUCCAGAGCUGGGAGAUAUCAUGUUUUCCUUGGCUUACCUACCAAGUGCCGAACGGCUGACUGUAGUCAUUCUCAAAGCGAGAAACCUCAAAGCAAUCAAACUUCUGGAAGACAGAAGGACAUCUGAUCCCUACAUCAAGGUGUCCAUAUUCUGCAACACCAAGCGACUGAAGAAGAAAAAGACCUCAACUAAACACAACACCGUCCACCCGGUGUUCAACGAAGCGCUAGUCUUCAACGUGGUGCAGGAGUCACUCAGACAUCUCACUCUGGAGUUCCAGAUUAUCCAUGAGAACAGGAUAGGACAGAAUGAGGUUCUUGGACGAGCAGUCUUGGGUCCUGACUCCCAGGGCGAGGAGCUAGCCCACUGGAACGAUAUGAUCUCUUCCAGCAAACCUGUAGCACGGUGGCACAGACUCAUCACAUAGCGGUGGGUAUUAUAACCAAGCCUCUGGUCCUCAACAGAAAAGCUUUCCAGAAACUGCACCAAACUGUUCAUUUAUUUAUAUUGUAUAAAAUGUAUAAUAACCUUUCAGCAUUGAAAGAUCUCUUGUGCCCUUUGUUGGGAAUUUUGCAUUUCGAAAAAAAGACUGAUAAAUUGUCAUUGUCAUGUACCUAUGGUAGAACAACGCAUUUUGUAUAACAUGUAGAAUGGUACAAGGUGGACGACCGGCGUAGGCAACAAUGGCGCCAGUGGCGUAGCUACGGGAAGGGGGGGCUGCAGGGAUGGGGGAACGUGCCCUCCCCCCACAAUUCCCAGUGCCCCCCUGGUUGUCCCCCACUGAAAAAAACCGAUGAAUGGAUUUUGA